GACAACCUUUAGUAAUGCAAGGCAGUGGAGAAGGAGGCGCGGGCAGCCUGCUGCCGCGCGGCUCUCUGUUUUCCUUCAGGGCUUCGCCUGCGCCCUCGACGGAGCGUGGCGCUGUCAGUACCAGCAAUGCACUAGCUCAGCAACACUCGCAUGCCGCAGCGCCCUCAGCGGCAGCGCCCGCGGCGCCCAAGCCGCGGGAAAAUGGCGGGACGGCAGCGCGGAAGCCGGAGCCUUCAAGGAGGAACAGCGAGGGCAUCCUGCGCUUCUUUGCAGCUCCCGCUGGGGAUGCAGCAGGGCGAGCAGCAGCAAGUGCGGGGGUCGGGGAGGCGGGGGCCGCGCGAGUGCUGCCGCGGCUGCCCAACCCAUUUUUGCAGCCGCAGCAGCCGAGCCAGCAGCAAUGCGAAGAGAAGACGGAGUCGCUAGAACUGCAAGCAGUUGGCGAGAUGCGCAAGUUUGCGAGGGGCGGCGUCCGCGCCAAGUCACACCCAUUGCCGCCUCGGGCGCCCGCGGCAAAGCCCGCGCCGAAGCCAGAUGCCCCCAGAAGUGCGCCCUCGCGGCCUGCCUCCCUGACCGCCCUGCCACGUAUCCAGUUUGGCCUGCCACAGCCCGCACAGCAACAGCCAGCGGCGGCUGGCGGCGGCCACUGCAGCGGCAGCGGGCCAGGUCACGUGCUAGUGCCGGCGACCCAGCAGGGCGCCGGUACGGCUGCGUCGGCAGCGGUACACGCCGCGGCGACAGGGGCAGCCGCGCUGCUGGCAGGCGGCAGGUCACAACAGGCCCGCGCUCAGCCACAGCUACAGCUGCAGCCGCUCAGGCCGCUGGCGGCGCUCGUGCAGCCCGUGGCCUCUGGCCUUGCUGCUGCAGCCGCCGGUGCUGCUGGUCUCAAGGCGCCCAAGGGACGUGGGGGUGCUGGUGGUGGGGCUGGCGCCGGCGGUGCUGGGGCUGGCGCCGGCAUGGCCAGCAGCUGUGGUGCAGCCGCUGGCGAGGGACGAGCCAACACGGCUGUGCUGGCGGUCGCCGGCGGUGGGGACAGCGAUGAGCAGGGGCUGCAGCCGCAGCAGCAGCAGCAGCAGCAGCAGCAGCAGCAGGAGGAGGAGGAGGACGAGGACGAGGACCAGGAGGAGGACGAGGACCAGGAGGGUGGUGGAGAUGACGGCGCAGUGUCGGAUGGCGGCAGGAGUGGCAGCAGCGAGGGCGCCAGCAGCGAGGGCUAUGGCAGCAGCAGCAGCGACAGCGACGAGCAGGACGCUGGGAGCGACAGCGACUGGGCGCCGAGUGGGGGCGGGGGCAAGGGCCCGGCUGGCGGGGCGGUGCCCAGCAAACGACCCGGCCGGCGCGGUGGCGGCGGCGGUGGCGCCAUUGCUACUGCCGGUACAGCGAGCGGGGACAGCGACAGCGGUGAGGGGCCUAGCAGUGGCAGUGACAGCGACAGCGACAGUGGUGGUCGCGGCCGCGGCCGCCGCGGCCGCGGCGCAGCGAAGGAGGGUGCAGCUGGGAGGCGGCAGGCUCCCGCCAAGUCCGCGCCUCGCGCUGCAGCAGCGCCGGGGUUGGUAAGGGCCGCCCUGGCCGCCUCGAGGGCCAAGGGCGGUGGGGCGCCGGCAGCGGCUGCCAAGCGACCGCGGACAUUAUUGCAGGGCGAGGGCGGGGCAAAGGGGAGAGCAGGCGCUGGGGCCAUGGGUGCAGCUGCCGCCGCGGAUGCAGGGAUCGGCGGGGCUGCCAAAAAGAGGAGGUCGGCUAGCGCUUCGGCUCACCCGCGCACGGCAGCUUUGGCAAGCCCGACCGGACCGGUGCCCGAGGGCCACAUGGCACUGCUGCUGCCCGCCCCGGCGGCGCUGCGGCUGGCGCAGCCCGACACCCUGCUGGUGCAGCUGCCGCCGCUGCUGGACUUCCAGGGUGAUAUGGGCGCCAUAGGCCGCCUGUGCCCGCUGCCUGGCAUGGGGGGCGCAGUAGCAACCGGAGGCGGCGGCGGCAGUAGAGGCGGCGGCGGCAGGCGGCGCCGGGAGCCCCGCGUCACAGACGGCGCAGCCGCCGGUGUUAGUCCAGGCCUACUGGGGCGGCGCAGCGACGCGGGCAGCGGCUGGAGCGGAGAUGAGCUGCUGAGCAGCAGUGAAGAGGACCACGGCGGCAGCAGCGGCAGCAGUGAAAGCGGCGGCAGUGGUGUUGGCGGUGGCCGACAGGGCAAGCGCGCAAAGGCCGGCGGUCGCGGCCCUACAGCCGCCGCCGCCACAGCCGCCGCCACGGCCGCCGCCGAGGAGGCGGUCCUGUCGGCGGGCGGUCUCGGACUGGACCUGAAGGGGCAGCUGCUGCGGCUGCGGCACACGCCACUGGCCGGCACCGCCAUGAUCAUCAAGGUUGUGGAGGGGCCCGCAGCCGGCGGCGCUGGUGGUGGUGGUGGUGGUGGUGCCAGGGCCGGGCGCGCCAGUGGUAGCCGGGCCAGCGGUGCAGGCGCGUACGGAGGGAUUGAGGAGAAUACCGCGGCCGAUGCUGAUGCGGAGGCGGCAGUCCUCCAGCCCCGAGGCAACGGCGGCAGCGGUGGUGGCGGCGCCGGCAACAGGACACGCACGGCAGUGGUGGAGCGCGUGUUCUCCACCUUCUUGGUGGCCACGCCGCACCAGCCAGUGGGCGUGUCAGCUGACGACGUGGCGGGCGGCGGCGGCGGGGCAGCAGCCGCCGCAGCAGCAGCGAACGCUCCAGAGCUGUUGGAGGAUGACCCUUAUGCAGAUCUGUAUGCCGUGGACAUGGACGGUGUUGAGGAUGGAGGAGGUGGUGGUGGUGGGGAGGAGGGCGCGGGCAAGAAGAAGCUCAAGCCGGUGGCAAAGCGGGGCGGCGCCAAAGCUGCCGGGACAGCGAAGACGCGGGCGCCGAAGCACGCAGGCGGCAAACCGGUGGGCGGUAAGGCGGGCGGUGGCGGUGGCGGGGCUAGAGGCAAGGCUAAGGCCAAGGCAGGAAAGGCAGCGACAAAAGGCAAGGGGGCCGGAGGCAAGGCCAAGUGACGGUAGUGCCCUUCCGUUUGCACGGUAUGUUGUUGGUGUGCAAGGAACAUUUCGGGGCGUGGAGGUGGCCGAAAGGGAAGGAACCGCACGGUGUGGGAGCCCUCCGCCAUGGAACAGGCGAGAGAGGGGCGCGCGUAGCAAGUAGAGUGUAGAGCGUAGGGCUGAUCGUGAAUUGAGCGCCCGAGGGGCGAACUGAGCUGCCUGCUGGUGGCGAGCCGGAAUGCUGUUGCGCGCGCCUCGCUCUUCGGGUCCUCAGAC